CCAGUGGUGCGGCCAGUAGGGUAUUGAUCAACCCGAGAGUAAAUCCGAUGGUGAAGAGGUGUCUCUCAACGGUAUCAAAGAACCAGGCCCUGUUCACCUCGAAUACCCGUCUGCUAUCAUCGAAGGUUCACUUCUCAUCCUUUUCGAAUCUCAAAUAUUCCAAUGCUCCUCAAUUACCGAAGACCAUCCCUCCACCGAGAUCCUACUUUGGCAAUACGUUUAUUGGGAAAGUGUUGAAAGGUCUAUUCCUCGCAGUGAUGGUUGGUUCCACAACCAUUGCUGUUCUCAUUGGUGGCUUCUUUAUCUACGAUGCAACGACUUACACAACGGAACACUUCCCGGAGACGAUCAAGGUUUCGCAGUAUGCGCUUUCGCCAGAAAAGGGUGGUCCGGAUAACUUACCGAUCCUCAAGUACAGAUUGGACGACUAUGACUCCCCUGAAAAGGAGGAGCUCGUUUACAGACCGAAGUUGGUUGUUCUGGGUUCCGGUUGGGGUUCUGUUGGUGUGCUGAAAAGCCUUAAGUAUGGUGACUAUGAUGUUACCGUGAUCUCUCCAACAAACUAUUUCUUGUUCACUCCACUUCUACCAAGUGCUGCGACAGGAACGCUGGAGGUUAAAACUUUGAUUGAAUCCAUCAGAGCCAUUGUCAACCGUUUGAAUGGUCACUAUUUGGAAGCAUAUGCUGACAAGGUUGAAUUCUCCGAGAAGCUCAUCAGAGUCCAUCAAUUAGACAAAGUCACCGGUGAGAUGGUUGAGUUUUACGUCCCGUAUGAUAAGCUGGUUGUAGCCGUUGGCUCAAAUUCGAAUACACACGGUGUUGAAGGCCUCAACCACUGUCAUCAAUUGAAGACUGCUGAAGAUGCCAUUGCCAUAAAGAAGAAGAUAUCUACUAUUUUGGAAACGGCUUGUUUGCCAACAACAACUGAUGAAGAACGUAAGAAAAUGUUAAGUUUUGUCGUUUGCGGUGGUGGUCCAACGGGUGUUGAGUUCGCUGCUGAGGUGUUUGAUCUUUUGAACGAGGAUUUGCCAAAGGCAUAUCCAAAGCUUUUGAGACAGGAGUUGAGUGUUCAUGUGAUCCAAUCCAGAUCCAACAUCUUGAACACGUACGACGAAAGAAUCUCCGAGUAUGCCACACAACGUUUUAGAAAAGAUGACAUUGAUGUCUUGACAAACUCUAGAGUUGUCAAGAUUUUGCCAGAUGAGGUCAUUUUCAACCAGAAGAACGAAGAAACCGGUGAAGUUGAGUUGAAAAGUCUUCCGUUCGGUUUCUGUCUAUGGUCCACUGGUGUCGCUCAAAACCCAUUGGCUAAAACCAUUGUUGCAUCCCUUCCAAACUCUCAGAGAAACAAGAGGGCCAUCGAAACAGAUUCUCACUUGAGGGUUAUUGGUGCACCUCUGGGCGACGUCUAUGCCAUCGGUGACUGUUCGACAGUAAGAACUGAUAUGGCUGAACACACCGUGGAUUUGGUCAGAAAACACAUUAUUGAUAAGCACUUGAAAAACGUCCAGUCAACUGCAAUCAUCACAGAUGACGACAUCAAGACAAUGAAGCUGACGUACUCCGAGAUCUUUGAACUGGGCCAUGAACUCUCUAGAAGAUACCCACAGGCAUCUGAGGCGUUAAAUGUGUUGAAUGAGCUGGUUCCAGUCUACGACGUGAACAACACGGGUCAUCUUCAAUUUGAUCAAAUCUCCAAGCUGUUGAAGGAUAUCGACUCGAGGGUCACCUCGCUCCCGGCCACUGCUCAAAGAGCUGCUCAGCAAGGUAAGUAUCUGGGUAAGAAGCUGUCCAAAUUGGCUAGAUCCUCAUUGACGCUCAGUGCAAACGAAAUCCUCGACGGUGACAUUGAUGCUGCAGUCUCCAAACCUUUCUGUUACAAGCACCUGGGAUCUUUGGCGUACAUCGGUAACUCUGCUGUGUUUGACUUGCCAGGCUACUCCUUUGUUGGUGGUUUGAUCGCCAUGUACUUAUGGAGAGGUACUUAUUUCGCACAGUCCGUCAGUUUGAGAACAAGAGUUCUCUUGUUCCUGGACUGGCUCAAGAGAGGUCUCUUUGGUAGAGAUUUCUUACCUUACUAG